CAGGCUUGCAUUGCUUUGCAUUGUUGCAUUGCUUUGCUCUGGAACUCGUGGGGUGGACACACAGCAUCCCACGAGCAUUUCCAGCUUUUUCAGAACAAGAUUGCAACCAGAAGUGAGCGUGCGCGUGUGCACGAGUGUGAACGCGUUUGUGCGUGUGUUUGUGUGAGUGUGUGAGUGAGUGAAGAGAUAGAGAAAGAGAGAGAGAAAGAAAGAGAGAGAGAGAAAGAGAGAGAGAGAGUGAGAGUAUAGCCCCUUGCAACGCUUCACACACUACUUCCAACUACUUUACGCGCGCGCCUUCCUUUAUUCUGCAGAGCAUCGGAGACUCUUUUUAACGACUUGUUGUUGUUUUGCUGUUGUUGUUGUUUACUGGACGAGAUGAAGCUCGUUUGGAGAAGCUAAUCCAGGUGUGCGCUGCUGUUGCCGCUUUUUCAUAGCGAUGCAUGGACGAUGGUGGUGAUUUUACUCUGAAGAGCACUCUGGAAGCGCGCGAACAGCUCACGAGAGCCCUCUGAACACAGCAGUGGAAGCAUCAAGCCCCCCUCUCCACCUACUCCCCCAACUCCUCUACCUCCCCCAGCCCUUCUCCCCCUCCCCGUUUCCCUUAUUUGGUGAAAACUCCGCCCCCUUUGCGCGUCACCCUCUGACAGCGCAGCUCCCGCGGGUCUGGAGUUUUGGCUCCCGGGAAAGGUUGCAGUCCUGGGGGAAAGAGGGCUGAGUUUAGUGCGCCUCCAUCCAGUCCGCGAGACGCUGAAGGCCCCUCAUCAUCAUCCUCCUCCUCCUCCUCUGUUCUUCUGCUUUCCCGCGUGUCGGGAAAAAACGCGAGCGGCGGCGCAAAAAAACCCUCCAUCCCGCGCGUGUCUUUUUUUAAUUUUUUGGGGGGAGCCAGAAGUGCUCGAUUUUCAUCCAAGCUGCACGUGUUUGCUGAACACUUGCUUCUUUUAAAAAAAAUACUGCAUUUUUUGUUUUAUUAUUUUUAUAUCAAUUUGUGGUGCACGGGGAUGCUGCUGCCGUUCCCGCGGCUCGGGCACGAUGGAGCGAGUUUGAGACUGAGAGCAUCGCCAGAAAUGUUCAGCUGAAUAUCGCGCGAGACAAAAUAAAAAGAAGAUAAAGAAGAAGCACAGAAGACAAAAACAACAAGUAAACUACAAAAACAAAGAGCUGUUUUGUUUUUGUAUCACUUUUUCACUUUUUCUUCUGCACCGGGAUCGUUCAUGCCGUGUUGAGGAAUCGGAAUCGAGGCUCUUCGCGCACUGGGCUUUAACUAUUUUUAUUUCUUUCUUCUGCCACUAAAAGCCACAAGAAAACUUUCUUCACACGUUGCUCCUCUUCUCCUCUCGCCGCUUGAGCGCGAAGGAUACUCGGUUUGAGUGUUAUUUGAGUGUGUGGUGUGUUUUUAUUUCCUCUUCGUUUGCACCGCACCGCCUGCAUUCAUGUUCGGGAUUCAGGACAACAUACCGAGAGGGGGGACGAGUAUGAAGGAGGAGCCGCUGGGCAGCGGAAUGAACCCGGUUCGGUCCUGGAUGCACACGGCCGGGGUGGUGGACGCCAACACGGCCGCGCAGAGUGGAGUUGGUCUGGCGCGAGCACACUAUGAGAAACAGCCACCGUCCAACCUCAGAAAGUCCAAUUUCUUCCACUUUGUGCUGGCGCUGUACGACAGGCAGGGGCAGCCGGUGGAGAUCGAGAGGACGGCCUUCGUGGACUUUGUGGAAAAGGAAAAAGAACCAAACAGUGAAAAAACUAACAAUGGGAUUCAUUACAAACUACAACUUUUAUACAGCAACGGAGUGCGAACAGAACAGGAUCUGUAUGUGCGGUUAAUCGACUCCAUGACCAAACAGGCAAUCAUCUAUGAAGGCCAAGACAAAAACCCAGAAAUGUGCCGAGUCCUCCUUACACACGAAAUCAUGUGCAGCCGGUGUUGUGACAAGAAAAGCUGCGGCAACAGAAACGAGACACCCUCGGACCCUGUAAUCAUCGACAGAUUCUUUUUGAAAUUCUUCCUCAAGUGCAAUCAAAACUGCCUGAAGAAUGCAGGCAACCCACGAGACAUGCGCCGGUUCCAGGUCGUUAUAUCGACAACAGUUAACGUGGACGGUCACGUGUUGGCCGUUUCGGACAACAUGUUCGUCCACAACAACUCCAAACACGGGCGCCGAGCUCGGCGUCUCGACCCCUCUGAAGGUACGGCCCCUCCUUAUCUGGAGAAUGCAGCUACCCCGUGCAUAAAGGCCAUUAGCCCCAGUGAAGGCUGGACUACAGGCGGAGCCACGGUCAUCCUCAUCGGGGACAACUUCUUCGACGGCCUGCAGGUCGUGUUCGGCACCAUGCUCGUAUGGAGUGAGCUGAUAACGCCCCACGCCAUCCGCGUGCAGACCCCUCCCAGACACAUCCCGGGGGUGGUGGAGGUCACCCUGUCCUAUAAGUCCAAGCAGUUCUGCAAAGGAGCACCAGGACGAUUCGUCUACACCGCUUUGAACGAGCCCACUAUUGACUACGGCUUCCAGAGACUGCAGAAGGUCAUCCCCAGACAUCCAGGUGACCCAGAGAGGUUGCCAAAGGAGGUUCUACUAAAGAGAGCAGCUGACCUUGUGGAGGCUCUGUAUGGAAUGCCUCACAACAACCAGGAGAUCAUUCUGAAGAGGGCGGCGGACAUCGCGGAAGCUCUGUACAGCGUACCACGCAACCACAACCAGAUCCCGUCCCUCGCUAACACCGCGUCCCACGGCGGCAUGAUGGGCGUCAACUCUUUCGGCAGCCAGUUGGCGGUCAACGUCUCCGAGACCUCACAGGGUAAUGACCAGGUCGGCUACAGCCGCAACACGAGCAGUGUGUCCCCACGCGGCUACGUCCCCAGCAGCACCCCCCAGCAGUCCAACUACAACACCGUCAGCAACAGCAUGAACGGCUACGGGAACACAGGCAUGCCCAACCUGGGCGUCCCAAGCUCACCGGGAUUCCUCAACGGCUCCUCCGCCAACUCCCCCUACGGCAGUAAGUAUCAAGUAGUUCCGUCGAGCCCUACCAUGGCAGCCUCUUCGGUCAGCCUCUCUUCAAACUGUAGCAGUACACACGGCAUUUUCUCAUUCUCACCUGCCAAUGUCAUCUCUGCAGUGAAACAAAAGAGCGCCUUUGCCCCCGUUGUCAGGCCCCAAGCAUCUCCACCUCCUUCUUGCACCAGUGCAAAUGGCAAUGGACUUCAAGCUAUGUCCGGACUGGUGGUCCCACCCAUGUAAAUUGCACUUCCACUUCCUGUAAAGCAGCAACGUCCACGAGAUGAGCCUCGGGGUGCAUCGCAAGAACAACGUUCUCCUGGAAUCCGUGUCGUCGACCGCGAAGUAAAUCAAGUCUAAAUCAGAGGAAAACAAACAAACAACCAAGCAAACAAAUGCGAGAAAGAAAAAAAAGAGAGACUUUGUUUCAAAGAUUUUAUUCAAACUAAUAUAAAUUGACAUGCAAGAAACUUUGUCAUGAACGAUUUAAUUUUAUCGACUGAAUUUCUUGUCAUAUUUUCACAUUUGUCAGUCUUGAAGAAAAAAAAGAAGAAAAAAAAACGGAAAAGAGACAAAAAAAAAAGCCUAUUUUGUAUAAAACAUUUCUGGUUUGAUCUUGGCUACGUCUAGUUCUUGCUAUGUGUGGGGAGAAACUUUGUGGAUAUGCCAUUUGAUGAAAACACUGACUGAAAUGUCUCUGAAUGUUUCUUUUCAAACGAUGCGCAGCCGUCGCACAUCUCUGUAAUGUGAAGUCAUUUUCAUUAGUUUUUAUUUUUCGCUUUUGUUUUUUUUUUUUUUUCGUUUUUUUUGUUUUUUAGUUUUGUUUCUAUUUGAUUUGUGGUGAGAAAAAAGGGGGCCAAGUCAACACAGUGGAGCCAACAAACUGGAAAAUAUAUAGCCUAAAAUAUAUGAUUUAUAAAACACACACACACAUGCACACACGCAUACACACGUGCAUAUAUACGCUUAAUAAAAGCGAGUAUGAAGGAACAGGGAGGAGCAGACAGAGGAGAUAUCACACAUACUUCAUCGGAAAUGAACUUUGUAACUUAUUGUAGGUAGAAAUUGUAACUUUGAUAUCGCAAAAAGUCUUCUCUUGCCUUCGACAAGCACACUAAACCGAGACGAGACGCCACUGUCUGUUGGUUAAAAAGAGAUAAAAAAAGAAAGAAAGAAAAAUACUUCCACUGCUAAAGCUUCCUGUAAAGCAAGUGUGAUCUGCAAUGUUUUUCAACUUUUUGCUAGCACUGUAUACUAUUGCAUUCUUAGGCUACUGUGGAGUCUGUUUCUUGUACCAGAAAGUUGUCCUUUUACUUCUAGCUCCUUAUUCCCUAAUGUGUUUUGUAUGUGGUUAUACAAUUGUAGACUUUUGUGAUUUUGCCAAAGUUGUAGCUAAAUAUUUAUACACUUGUCUUGAAUUUUCCAGAUCCACUUAAAUAUUUAGUACAGAGUUUUAUUCCUACUAAAAAAAACGGCUAGGAGUAAAAUAGUCUUAUACAUUGCAACACUUUCACACAAACACUUGCGGUCACUAAGGGGUUUUUUGUAACAUAUCAAUUAUAAAUAUUGUAUUUAUCUUUGAAAUUUUGUAUAUUGCUUUCCAUCCUUUUUAUUUGAUCUCGUAUGUAAUGUUUAUCAUGGCCGAUAUUGUGAUGCGGAACACAGAAAGUUAUGAUGCCAAGACCCAUUCGCGCUUUUUCUAUCAUUAUUUUUAUUUUGUUUUAUUUUAAUUUUUUGUAUCAAUAGAUACAAUGCAAUGUCUAUACACUUUAUUCGUAAUUCAGAUGUUUUGCUUCAUCAUCAGAGCAAACGGUCUGUUUUGUCCAUUUCUUUCUUUCUUUUCAUUUAAGUUUUUUGUUGGGUCGUCGUUUGUCAUUUUGAGGAACAGUCAAAUCCAUUGUUUAUUUUUAUAUUAAUUUUUUAAGUUAUCUGAACAGAUACCUGUUUUUUUUUUUUUUUGUUUUGGAAUAAAAGCUGUUUGUUGUAUAGUCAAAUAAAAUUGUUUGUGUCACAUGGCUGUAAUAAUAUUAGUAGAAAAACAUGCAUGUCAAGCAGCCCCAGGGGGGAAAGAUUCAAUUGUGGUUGUAAAUUUUGUUUUUUGUAGAAUGUAAAAAGUCAUUUUUACCUGCCACCCAUGACUUUGCCACAUAGCUCAACCGUGUUUACAGGGAACAAAAAGACAAAAAAAAAAAAAAGACAAAAAAAGGAUAAAAAAAAAUCUGGAAUGGAAACGUACGUACGUACGUCAGUCACCAAUGUUUGUUAAAAUAUGUCAGAAAAUAAUGUGCUCUGUCAAAAAGGCUUCAGAGUGAAUCUCUCGAGAGUAACAUUUCUGCUGUUUUAAUGACGACCAUUCACCACAAUGCCAAUCAUUACUCCAUUCAAAUGAUCAAUGGUGUAAAAAGCACAAGCAUUUUUUACUAAAAUAAAAAAUAAUUAUUGUGACCCCUCAUCUUUUUUGGACUAUUUUGUCGGUUUCUUUUUCUUUCGGCGUUUUAUUUUUUUACAUUGAAUUUGCUGUACUCCCUGAAGUAAGACUUAAAAACUAAUGAAAAACAAACAAACAAAAAAAAAACAUAAUAAAAAGUUCGAUUUUUGUAUCGUAUAUGAAGAGCCGGGAUUAAGAUGUUCUAUAUUGUACAUGCCAUUUUGUAAUUAUUCCAUGAUACAGUAGCACAGUAGCUAAUCAUCAUCAUCAUCAUCAUCAUCAUCAUUAUUAUUAUCAUAAUAGAACAAAAAAAAAUAAAUAAUCAGUUCACACCAUUCCUUCCCCAUCUCUCCCCGAACAGAAAAAAAAAUGAUUUUGAUUUUCUAGUUGUGCCAAAAUCAGCAGAUUUAAACACGAUUAUUUCUAUUCAUAUUUUUUUUCUCUCUUUUUUUUUUCUUUCCUUUGCACUUAACACUUUGUAAAAUCUCCUGUUGUCCUGCUAAGUAGUCUGUUUCAAACCAAAAGGGAUGUUCCCUCUUGGCGAUCUGCACACAAGUUUCCUUUAGCAGCGGGAAGCAAGGGCAGCUGUAGAAGGGAAUAAGUGAUGAAUGUGCAAUGCAUUUGCUUUGUGAUAGCUCAACAAAGCUUAGCAAAGUGGAGGAGCUGGGGAAGUCACCUUGAAAGUGAGAGGAACCCAAGGUUACAUGAAGUGCAUUUGUGAAUAUCAUCAUUUCUGCAAUCUGUUUUUUUUUUUUUGUGUGUUUUAGGCUAAUUAGACCAUGCACUCCAUGUUUUGUUACCAUUAGUCUGAAGAAGUCACUAAAUGGUAGAACGACUCUGUAAGGGAAAAUACUAUUUUUGUUUCAUGUAUACAUUUUUUUAUGUUUAUGUCAACAUUUCUACAUUUUACUGUACAAAGAUGUUCAUUUUACACAAUAUUUAAUUAAAGUAUUUCUUGUCUGUGA